AUGGCUUUGACGGUACAAAUCUUUGACCACCCCAUCAUUGGGAAAGUGGAGGGCCAAGCGUCCGACGACGUGAUCCAGUUUCUCGGCCUCAAGUAUGCUACGUUGGAGCACUGGUUCGACAAUUCGAAGCUUGUUCAGUACGAUGGGAGUGGAGCGAACGCUACACACCAUGGUCCGCAAGCCAUUUCCGAUCCGGAAGGGGUCAAGAAUGAACACAUCAUCAUUCAGAAGUCAAUCCCAACAGCUGAGUUUCCGGGAAUUUCGGGGACGGAAUGUCUCAAUCUGAACCUCACAGCACCCCUGAAUAGCAAUGAUUCGAAGCGGCUCCCUGUUCUGGUCUUCAUUCAUGGCGGAGGCUACCGCCUCGGGAUGCCCGGAUUUCUGACAUCAGAAGAACUCCGCAAGGCGGGGUUCAAGAGCAACCAAGGCCAUCACGAUCAGAGGAUAGCGCUGGAAUGGGUGGGAAAAUACGUCUCUGGGUUCGGGGGUGAUCCUCAGCAUGUGACUGUGGUUGGUGAAAGCGCCGGCGGUGUCUCGGCGAGCCGCCUCCUGUACUCUGAAAAGGCUCUUGCGUCUCAACUCAUCAUCCUGGGGGGCUCUCCGCCUGCGCUCGCACCCUUGGAUCUGGGAGUGGCUGAGCAGGCGUACAAUGGCGUUCUCAAAGCUUUGGGAGCUGAAGAUGUUAGAUCAGGUGAACGUAUCAGGAUCUUGUCAAGGGCAUCCCCCGAAGACCUGUCUUUGAAGAUUGGCAAAAGUCUUCCUUUCUUGCCGGUCCUGGAUGAGGCCACGAUUCCGUUUGUUCCGACCUUCGAAACAGCGUCAGCUGGGAAGCUAGUUCCCGAGACAACCUCGUACAAAGCUGUCAUGGUCGGAUACGCUCCCUUGGAUGCGAGCAUUUUUGGGUUUAUGGGUCUCUUGCAGCGCAAGAAGAACAUCGCAGCCUCGUUCACUCGAAUCAUCAACGCAGCUCUGUCGCACCAUGUCGACAGCGCUGGACAAAUUCUGCAGGCAUACGGCAUUAGUGACAUCACAAGCGACGACGAGGCUUUCAUCCGAAUCCUGCAAUUCGCCUCCGAUAUUGGAUUUCGAGCGCCGGCAGAGUCAUUCGUCAAAAGCUUUCCCGGCGACGCCUAUUUGUUAGAGUUUGCCGAGGCUAACCCGUGGGAAGGACCGUUCAGGGGCUACAGUACCCAUGUCCUCGACGUUGCAUUCCUAUUCCAAAACUAUAACGAACAUCUCGGAGACACGCAGCGAAAGUCCGCCGAACUGUUUCUCACUGAUAUAAUUGACUUUGUUCAUGGUCAAGCUCCAUGGCAGCCGUUUCAAGAUGCUGGCGGGCGGAUGCUGUACCAAGAUGGGACGAGAGCUUACAAGGAGGCCGGGGCAAACCCGGCACGAUAUGAUUUGCUGCUCGAGCUGGGUGAAAAGAUUGGGCUAGAUUCGCUGCUGGAGGCUUGGGGGGCUUUCCUGGUCUCUCAAUAG